ACCGCUCGAGCGUGGUGCCGACAUCGGUGUUCAUUACGGUGGCGUCUUACGGACACGAAGAGAGCGGACGUGAAAACCUACAGACUGCUGGGAGACCACCAGGAAGCGGAAUUCAAGGUUCAAUACAUGUCGACGGCAGAAGUGUGCUAUCCUACGUGCUUUAACCGGCACUUCGUUGCUGAUUUUGCAAGUGUUUCCAUGUACUGAUUAACUUGAGCUGCCAUAGCUCAAAGUUGCAUCAUAGGGUCAUACUUUUCCUCAUCUUUCUUCCAUAAAUGACACGAAUCUGGAGACAAGUGACAAGUCAAGUAUGGGAUUAUUACUGUGAUGUGGAUUGUAAUACCAUUUGAAGAAAAUAUUAGUUUACUUGAGAAUAAUGUGAGAGGAUUCGCGUCCUGGGUUCUCACGUUUCUGGAUAUUUUAAAAAUUAUUGGCAACAGUUGAAAGACGUUAUUUUUUCUCUCUCAGGUGUCUCGCCUGCGUGCCUUGUGGGACCAAAAAUGGGAUUCAUGCCAGUUUAGUGCUCUGACCCCAUUUGAAAGUUCUAUCCAUGUCUACCCUGUUUUCAGAGAUCGUUUCCAAUGCUUUCGAAAAAGUUCGCCUAUCGACUGAUAGGAUUUUAAACAGACUUUCACGUUUUGUAUUUUCAAUCAUGAACUUUGCUGUUCGCUUGCUGCAGUUAUUUUGUGUGACGCUUCUGUAUUUUUCAGCUGUCAAGAGUGCCUACAUCCCGAGAGAGAAUGGUGGAGCUACACAUGACGUGGUGUCCUUCACGGAGGUGUACAACAAAUCAAUAUGCCGGCCACGGGAGCUGCUUGUGGAUGUGCAGAAGGAGUACCCCGAGGACAUCGAGCACAUCUUCAUUCCAUCCUGCGUGGUGCUGAUGCGCUGCGCUGGAUGCUGCAAUGACGAGAUGCUGGAGUGCACGCCCAUUGCCACACACAACGUCACCCUGGAGGUACAAAAAUUAAAACCUCGCCAGAUCAGAGGCAUCAUCCAAAUGAGUUUCACAGUGCACACUGAAUGCCAAUGCAGGCUAAAGAAAGACAUUCAGGAGAAGACAGAAAAAAAAACCCGGAAGGGCAAGGGGAAAGGUCAAAAGAAAAUGCGAAAGAAAAACCGCAACAAAAAGCGGGACUUUCUCCCUUUCUCUCUCUCUCUCUCUGGAUACAGUGGUAACUGUAAGCCCUGCUGCAGUGCCUGUUCUGAGAGGAGGAAAAGGUUGUUUGUACAAGACCCAGAGACGUGCAAGUGCUCCUGCAAACACUCUGAAGCUGACUGCAGGCUAAAGCAGCUCGAACUAAAUGAAAGGACAUGCAGAUGUGACAGACCAAGAAGAUGAACAGUGAUCAGUAUGUAUAUGGCUUCUCGGAUGAAGGAAUAUUGAGUAAUAAUUCAUAGCACAGCACUUUGAAACUUCAACUUUGACCUGUCAGCCCUGGACUGUAGAAGCAUUCCGCUGAUCUGAGGAAAUGGCUGAGGAAAUGGAGUGUGUGUGUGUGAGGGUAAAUGAAAUCUCCCCCCUGUAUAUUUUGAGAGUAAAUGUGUAUAUUAUGCAUUAAGAUUUAACAAUAAAAAAUGUACAAUACAAAUAGAAUUGCUGCUAAAGAAACAACACAAGAGGACUGGCUGUGUCAAGUGACUGAUUGCAACACUGCAUACACUAGUUUGGGCAUACAUGUCAAAAAACUCAAUGAUGCAGCGUAUCACUGGAUUUUGGAGUUUUUCUUUGCUUGAUGCAUGGACAUAAACAAUACCAAACAUACCGAACCGAACAGACCGACAGACGUCAGCAUCACGUCAAAGAGCCAUGGAGUUCGUAGUGAACAGCUUUUUCAAAGCUAGCGAUUUUGUUUGUUUGUUUUGACAGCUGGUUCAACCAGGUUUGCGAUGUCUGGAGAAACUCAGCUUUUGGAUGGGCGCCAUGGGAUAUGAGCGCUCCUCCCACAUCCACUGCCUGGGUUCAUCUGCUUUCAUAAAGGGAUAUAAGUUUUUCGAUACAGAAACCACUUUGAUUCGAUUCUGUGACUCGACUCCAUUCUCUACUGAAAGACAGAUGACUACUUGAGAUUUAUGUAAUCCUAUUUGUGUAAAAUUGUGUGCAUUUUUUUCUGUCAUUCAGCUUUUCAGUGAAUCACAUGGAGCAUUCAAAUACGAGGUCAUUUGAAUGUUCAUUGUUAAUAUCCCUUUUUUCCACAUUACAUGAUGAGAGUCCAUAAUUUAUGAUAUUUAGUAUAUUUUCGAUAUCUUUAGGCUCUGUAUUUAAUUGGAUCUAUUUAUGUGUUAUAGUCUGAUUUCUUAAAACAUUUUUUGUCUGCAAUAUCACCAUAGAUACAAGAGAUAACAUUCCCUGAUCAUUUGUUUUUCAGUUUGCCUUUAAAGUUUUUUUUCUCUGUAUAUGUAUGUAUGUAUUGUGUGAUUUCUAACAGGCUUUGUGCAUGUGUGUAUGAGAAUGAGAGACAGAGCGAGAAAGAGAGAAAGUGUAUGUGGAUAGCCAAAAAGAAUCAUAGGCCACCAAACCCCUACUACCUUUGUAUUUUUCUGUUCCAUAAUGAGACUGCCUGAUUUUAGUUUAUUUACAUUUAUUUAUUUACUCCCUGUAAAUAUGUUCAUUAACAUUUUUUGUGUCUGUUUAAUGUAGUUUUAAAGCAUAUUUAUUUUCAAAUUAUAUUGCCUUUUCUAUAAAAUGCUAUUUGAAAACCA